AAUGAGCGGGACGACUCUCCCGGCGUUGUGUGCGCGCGUGCAUGUUGUUGUAUUCCGUUCACACACACAAUAAACCCGGAUUUAAAGUGUUCUAGAGGUGUUGAGAUGGCGUCGGACGUGGUGGCCCAGCUGGCCGACUCUCUGGCCCGCACUCAGGUGGGAGGAGGAGAGCUGAGCUAUAAGGGACAGGGCCUGAAGCUGGACAACGCUGACUCUGUGAAGGACAUCGUGAAGGCGAUUCGGGAGUUCGAGGGUCUUCGCGCUCUGAGGUUGGAGGGGAACACUGUGGGAGUGGAGGCCGCUCAGGCCAUCGCUAAGGCACUGGAGGACAAGUGUGACUUUGAGUGCUGUUACUGGAGCGAUAUGUUCACGGGCCGCCUGCGUUCAGAGAUCCCCCCUGCUUUGAUAUCUCUAGGUGCAGCCCUAAUAUCCGCUGGCGCUAAGUUAAAGGUGCUCGAUCUGAGCGAUAACGCAUUCGGACCCGAUGGCGUGAAAGGCAUCGAGGCGCUGCUGAAGAGCUCGGCGUGUCACACCCUGCAGGAGCUGCGGCUUAACAACUGUGGCAUGGGUAUCGGCGGAGGAAAGAUCCUGGCCACGGCCCUGAUCCAGUGCCACAAAGAGUCGAGUAAGGUCGGCGCCGCUCUGAGGCUGAGGGUCUUCAUCGCGGGACGGAACAGACUGGAGAACGAUGGAGCCACGGCACUGGCUCAGGCCUUUCAGUUGAUGGGCAGUCUGGAGGAGGUCCACAUGCCUCAGAACGGAAUCAACCACCCCGGAGUGACGGCUCUGGCCGGCGCCAUGCAGCACAACGCACAGCUACGAGUGCUCAACCUCAACGACAACACCUUCACCAAGAAAGGAGCCAUCGCCAUGGCGCAGGCUCUGAAGCACCUCCGCAGCGUGCAGGUGAUAAACUUCGGCGACUGUUUGGUCCGCUCUGAGGGAGCCUUCGCCAUAGCUGAGACUCUGAAAGAAGGUCUUCCCAUUCUCAAGGAGUUGAAUCUGUCGUUCGGGGAGAUCACAGAAGAGGCUGCGCUGGCUGUCGCAAAAGCCGUGAAGCACAAAGACCAGCUCGAGAAACUCGACCUCAAUGGUAACUGUAUCGGUGAGGAAGGGUGCGAGAACCUCCGGGAGCUCAUGCAGGACCUGAACAUGGGAGACCUGCUGGCCUCUCUGAGCGAUGAUGAAGGAGAACCAAAUGAUGACGAAGAUGAGGAUGACGAAGAUGAUGAUGAUGAAGAGGAGGAUGAGGAAGAAGGGAAGGGUGAGGAUGAAGAAGAAGACGACGAGGAUGAUGAUGACGAUGACGACGACGAAGAAGAAGAGGAAAAUGAGGAAGAUGGAGAUGAUAAGCCCAGUUCAACAAAACAGAUAUCGACUCCACCUUCAGCCCCUCGGCCUCCAGACGUCUCGUCCUUCCUCUGCUUCCCGUCUCCAGAUAAACUGCUACGUCUCGGUGACCAGAGAGUCCAGCUGAUCCAGAACCAGGUGGACGUGACAGACGUGAGUAAGACGGUAGAGGCCUUCCUGAAGAUCUCGUCUGUGUAUAAGGAGGAGGAUCGUGAGGUGAAAGCAGCGGUGCUGGAGAGUGUCGAUGCUGUUUUGAGUAAAGCGUUUUCCACACCAUCAGCCCAGACUUUUAGUUUUAUUUCUGCGUUAUUGGUGAUGCUUGGUCUCUUAAAGAGUGAGGAUAAAUUGAAACCUGUGGCAGUCGUACCAGGUCACUUGCAGUGUUUGGAGCACGCAGUCAAGCAGAAGUACUUUCCUAAAGAGCACAUCGCUGUCCUGCACGCCUUUUUGUCCAGACAAAACAAGUCCUUGGAAUCAUGCAUCAGCGCUCGAGACAACCUUCGCACCAGCCUGCAGAGACUAAUGCCCGAGAGCUAAAGACACACACACACACACACACACACUCACUCUCUAUCUCUAUAUGGACGUUUCUCUGCUCCUGGCUGCUCAUUUCUGUGUGUUGGACGAUUCUGAGACUAAAAGGAAAUUAUUUGACAGCACGUCCUACAGGACGAGACAGGACUCAUGGACUAAGGACACACACACACACACACACACACACACACACACACACACACACACACACACACACGCAAGUCCAUCUCAUACAACAAUAAAUAAAAGCUUUGCUCUUAU